AUGGAGCGCGUGCCGAUCCGCUUUGGCUCGCUGCGUACGAGCGUCAAGCCUUCGCCUAAUGUUUCGGCCGCGCCGCUACUGGGAGAAGGUCCGUCGGUGUCUAAUGCAUCGCUUGCUCGAGUGUGCCGCGUGUGCACGAAUCGCGAGGCGAGAUAUACCUGUCCGCGGUGCAACACUCCCUACUGCAGUGUGGACUGCUAUCGAUCCCAUGGCGAGGGCUGCACGGAGCAGUUCUUCGAGAGCCACGUACGUAGUGAGAUGCAGCUAGCGUCGAAUGCAAGAGGAGACGACGAGAAGAAGCAGCAGAAGAGCAUCCAGGAGCUGCUGGAGAGGGUGCAGAAGUUCCAAGAGGAGCAGCAGCAGUUGGCGGAUGGAGAAGAAGAUGACGAUGAAGAAGCGCUGGCCCAGAGGAUGCAGGAGCUGGCGAUGCUGGAUGCGGCUGGAGAACUGACGCUGGAGAGUCUCACACCUGAGGAGAGGAGGAAGUUCCUUGGAGAAGUGGCCGAUGGACGACUGGGCAAACUUGUGCAGCUCUGGUCGCCGUGGUGGUUGAUGAGCGAACGCAAGUACCGGAGCGAGACGUCGGCGCGAAGACGCCAGUUGAUACUGGAGGAGAUCGGCGGCGAGGAGAAUACUGAAGAGGAGGAGGAGUUUGAGACGGAAGGGGCUGUGACGGUGGAGCCGACGGUCCUUUAUCCUGUGGGGCUCUUUACGAACAGUGACGCGCAGAAGGUGCCGAAGAAUAUGGAGGCAUUGCUGCCUGGUGGGAGGCAACCUUCACCCUGCCUGCGUUAUCAUUUGGUGGAAGUGCUCUUCGCAUAUGUGCUGGUGCUUCGAGCGUUCAACGGCGACUACGCGCAAGACGUCGCAGAAGCGGCAUUGCUGCUGCUUGAUAUGUGUCAAGUGCUCAGUGCGGAUGCUCGCUACGAGUCCGUAGAGCACGUGUGCUUGGCUUGUCUGGAGAAGCAGUCUACUGAGGGCUCGGCAGCGACUGCGUUGGCUGUUCAGGACGUACAGCAAAUUCUACGCACUGACGUGUUCCGGCUUGAUGCGCUCAGCGACAUGCGUGCGCUUUUGGAGCGGUACCAACGCGAUCUCGAGGGUACCAGCACCGACUCAGACAAGCAGGCCAAGAGGGAACGCAAGGCAGCAGUCAAGAAACUAGCGGCCGUGCAGAAGAAGCUGGUCUUCUACCAGACCUGGGCGUACUUGACCCCCCUAGAGGACUUCCAAGCUCUGGCUGCUGAGGUCGAAGCGUACACGAAAGACAAAGAGCUACUCGGAGCGAAGUAG